GCAGGGGGCGCUGUGCGGCUCUGCGCCCAUCUAGUGCCGCUCUGUCUUGAGGCGGCGGCUCAAGAUGGCGGAGGGAGGCUCAGUGUGCGGCUUCGUGUUCAAGAAGCGGGGCCUGGCGGCGGGGAGGGGGCGGCGGAAGCGGCCCAGCAGCGACCAGGAGCAGGGGAGCAGCGGCGAUGAGGGCAGCACCGUGGUGAGGAAGGAGCGACGGAGGGACGCCCCCAACCCCAUGAUCCAGAAGACCAGGAGGUGCACAAAGGAGCGGCCCUCAUACGCCCUGAGCAGCAGCGAUGAUGAUGAUCCGUCGAAGGAGAUCGGAGUCACGUACAAAUCAACAAGGUCGGCGAAACCUGUUGGCCCAGAAGACAUGGGGGCCACAGCAGUGUAUGAACUGGACACAGAGAAGGAUAAAGAUGCCCAGGCCAUCUUCGAACGCAGCCAGAAAAUACAAGAGGAACUGAGAGGAAAAGAAGAUGAUAAAAUUUACCGUGGUAUUAACAAUUACCAGAAAUAUGUGAAGCCCAAAGACACGUCAAUGGGAAAUGCCUCUUCAGGAAUGGUCAGAAAAGGACCCAUCCGUGCUCCAGAGCACUUGAGGGCCACGGUGCGGUGGGAUUACCAGCCAGACAUCUGUAAGGACUACAAGGAAACAGGGUUCUGCGGCUUUGGAGACAGCUGCAAAUUCCUCCACGACCGCUCAGACUACAAACACGGCUGGCAGAUAGAAAGGGAACUGGAUGAAGGCCGCUAUGGAGUCAAUGAUGAAGAGAACUAUGAGGUGAGCAGCGAUGAGGAGGAUAUGCCUUUCAAAUGCUUCAUCUGCAGAAGUUCCUUCAAGAACCCCGUGGUCACCAAGUGCAGGCAUUACUUCUGUGAGAGCUGUGCCCUCCAACACUAUCGCAAAUCCCAGCGCUGUUACGUGUGUGAUAAGCAGACCAAUGGAGUCUUCAACCCAGCCAAAGAGCUCAUGGCAAAAUUGGAAAAACACAAAGGGGAGGAGGAAGAGGAGGAGUCAGACCACUCAGAACAUGGUGAAGACCCACACUAGCAAAGCACUCUGUUUUGUAUGGAGCCCAAUAAAGUUUUCAUGGGAAGAAUGCACAGAUCACAGCACUUGCCUUUGGGCCAGCAGCUGCAGCCAUUGGUGGUUCAUCCAACCAGGCCUUGUUAAAAUGGGGGCACGAGUGGUGCCAGUUGUCAGAGAAGACACAGGACAGAAUGGGGAAUGUUGCUGUGGCAAGGAGAAAUACAGGACUGGAGGCCAUGGACUCAGGACAAAUCUACCCACACUUCUGCUCUCCAUUCAGAGCCUUAGCAAGUCUGCUUGCCAACAUGGCUGUCCCAACUUCAGACAAGGGCCUUCAGGGUACAGAGUCCUCUCAACGUCAAGACUGACACACAGGCAGAUGGAAACCUCUGAAGCAGAAAGGCACCACCAAGGAAGUGAAAGCAAAAGGCUCUGAUAGCAGCGUUAUGGAGCAAUGGCAGCAGGUGAAACACUCAGCAGGAUAAUUCAUGCUUGAAUGUCAGAGCCAGCACUGUUUGUGCAGCGCUAUUUGACUCCGUGAUCCAAAGAGCAGCAGAACAGAUAAAGCAGCUUCAGGCUCGCAGUGCUGUUAGCACGAAGCAAAUCACCAACAGCCCCGUGUUACAACGUGGCAAUAAAACAACGGAUAAACCAGCCAGAGGCGUUGAAUGCAAGCAAAAGGGCGGCCCUGGAAAGCACCGCUGGGUGGGUGACAGUGCCCGUCCAUCACAGUGAUCGCAGCCGCUGCUGUCAGUCGUUCCAAGUGCUUUUCUCCCGUGACACCGAUCGCUUUGACGCUUUAUAACGCAAAAAUGAGCAGCGCCCCGUUUGGAACCCGUUGGGUUCGGGGAGACACACAUGUUACUAUAGAGGCGGUACCGGGCCGGGCCCAGCUCCCCUCGUUCGCACCGUGACUUUAAGGCGGCUCUUAUUGCGGCUCCCGUGACCCACAACACGGUGCUUUCCAUCCGGCCCCCAACAGGCCGCGGCCCGGUUUACCGGCUAGAGGGAGCUGGACGCCGUUUAACACUCACCCUAAUCCGUUCGGGUUUACUUACAAGAAAAGACAUGGACUCCGCGAUAGCGCUACCUCACUCAAUGAAGGGCAGGCAACCUAAAGGAUGACAGCGGUCGGUUGGCCCGGUCCGGCCCGGUCCGGCCCGGUUCCCCCCUCAGCCCUCACCCUCACCCUCUCCUCAGGCUGCGGCCUACUCGCACCGGUAGAGACGCUGCGUGUGACGUCAGCACGCCUCCACGUGACUCACGACGACGCGGCGCACACGUUUGACGUCAUCUCGCAAGCCCGCGCUCACGCACGAGAAAGGCGGGAAGCAGAGGGCGCCGCCAUGUUGGAUCUCCUCAGGGAGUGGCUGAGGUCUCUCAGCCCGUAAGCAGCGCAGAACGGCGGCUGCCUUCGCUCCAAGAGGAAAAGCCUCCAUCUAUACCAUCUCCAGCUGGUGAUGAGAGAUCCAUCUCUGGCUGCAGGCCCUUACUCCAUUCCCACCUCUCACCCGACAGGCUAAUUCACAUCACUGUCCUCAGGCCACUGCUGAGGUCAUGUUAAGUUGUAAUGCCUAUAAAAUGCUGAGGAAGUUGUAGUGACUGGGAAAAAAAAACUGCUCUUCAACACAAAAUAUGCCUUGAGCCCUCCCCAGGGCACCUGAGAUACUUAUAUACCAUUAGCUGAGAGGAACAUGGAGUCCAAAGCAAAGACGACAGGUAGAGUGUUUCAAUGAUCCUUUACUCUUCAUUAGGUAGUUCAUUGAAUGUUCGUAUUACAAAAUUAGCUGCCGUGGGACUGAGGGAAAGCUGUCCGCUUCAAGAGAGCACGAACCAAUAUUUCUUCUCAAAGAAAUUGUUGAAACACGAUCAUAUUAAAUCUUUAAAGCUAAAUAGUGCUAAAAUCUCACAUAAUCUACAUCGGUUUUGGUUUUAAAUUAACUUUUACCAACCAUUAUAAAAUUUCACAUAUUUGCAUGGAUCAGGUUACAGACUUUUGCAUUUAAAUCCACGUGAAGUACCCCACGCUGGAACAAGAGCUUGAAGCAAGUGCUGUUUCAACAGCAGCUCAUUCUUAUUGCCUAAGAACAAAGUUUGUACAAAUCAUUGUACAAGGAAAUGCAAGACACUGUUUUCCCCACAGAACUGUAAAAAGUCUGUCACAGCAACAAUAUCGUCACACCUUCUGGACUAGAAGCAUUUAUAAAAUGCACAGCUCUCUCAAUGAAGUGCUUGCACAAGGGCAUUCACUUCCCCCCACACACACUCAUACUCUUAUCAGACAAGACAAGAUGUCCACUGGAACGUUUUUACUUUCUUGGGGAAAUUGGCAAUUGCAGAUACUCCACUGAAUCGAGCUUCUUGCUGAAGUGAAUGAGGCAGCAGCUGCUAAGACCAGGAGAAAUGUUCUUGAGGCAAGUUUUUACAGUUAAAAUAUUCCAGGGAGGCUACUUGAAGCUGCUUAACUCACCAUGCGCUCCUAAAGAACCACCAUGCUGACAUUUUACACUGUAUUAAGGUCGUAGCAUUCAAAACCACAA